CUGGAAUUGCCUCCGGUGGCGUCAUAGGGCUGUGGUGACGUCACAGUGGUGGUUUACGUCAGCCAGGCGCAAGGGCGGCUGCGUAGGCCAGGACGUCCCAUCGUUAGGCGCUUUGGUCCUUCUGCGGGCUGGGUUAUUCCUGGAAAAUCCUGGGCCUGCCGGUCAACCGCGGCCUCAGCUCUGGCACCACCCUCUCGCCUUUCAGGAGCCGGAGCGGGAGGAGCUGGGGCUGGGCGGCCCCGCGACGGGCGGAGCCAGGACUGGGCGAUUCCGAGGGGGCGGGGCCCGAGCUGGGCGGCCCCGGGAAGGGCGGAGCCGCCGGUGUGAUCCCGGCUGCGCCCGCCCCCGCAGCCCACAAUGCCCUGCGACCGGAAGGGGCAGCCGCGGCUUCCGGAGUCUCCCCGGCCGCUUGGGGAGCUGCCUCAGUUGUGCUGCUGGUUACCGGGGUACUUCUCUUGUGAUGGCCGGGGCUGUCGCUAUGGAAACAGAUGAUGCGGGAAAUCGACUUCGAUUUCAAUUGGAGUUGGAAUUUGUGCAAUGUUUAGCUAACCCAAAUUAUCUUAAUUUUCUUGCCCAAAGAGGUUACUUCAAAGACAAAGCUUUUGUUAAUUAUCUUAAGUACUUGCUUUACUGGAAAGAACCAGAAUAUGCCAAGUAUCUAAAGUACCCUCAGUGUUUACACAUGCUAGAACUACUCCAAUAUGAACAUUUCCGUAAGGAGCUGGUGAAUGCUCAGUGUGCGAAAUUUAUUGAUGAGCAGCAAAUUCUGCACUGGCAGCACUAUUCUCGGAAGAGGAUGCGCCUUCAGCAAGCCUUGGCAGAGCAACAACAGCAAAACACAUCAGGAAAAUGAAAAGCUGGACUCAGAACAGGCUCUUAGGACAUGUAUAUAACUUUUGUACAGAGAAGAUAAGAAGACUCUUCCUACCUACCUUACUGUGAAAGCACCUAGAACCUUUAAUGUGUGGUUUAAGUUAAUGAACCUUUUAUUGUUAAUAAUUAUUUCUGUUAAAUCAGAAUUGCUUUUUGAUUUCC